CGGGCAGCGGCCGGGCGGGGGCGUGGCCCGGCACAGGCCCCGCCCCGGUGCGCGCGCCGGCAGCUGACCCGGAAGUGCCCGCGGGCGGAGCGGGAAGAUGGCGGCGGUAUCGGUGCUGCGGGCGCCGAGCGGCGGCUUCAGCUUCGACAACUGCGCUCGGAACUCGCAGCUGGAGGCCGAGCUGGUCCCGAAGGGGCUGCGCCUGCCCGCGGCCCGCAAGACCGGCACCACCAUCGCCGGCGUCGUGUUCAAGGACGGCAUCGUGCUCGGAGCGGACACGAGAGCGACCGAAGGCAUGGUUGUUGCUGACAAGAACUGUUCGAAAAUACACUUCAUUUCCCCUAAUAUCUACUGUUGUGGUGCAGGAACAGCUGCCGAUACUGAGAUGACAACUCAGCUGAUCUCUUCCAACCUGGAGCUCCAUUCGCUGUCCACUGGACGACUCCCAAGAGUUGUCACAGCUAAUCGGAUGCUAAAACAAAUGCUUUUCAGGUACCAGGGGUACAUCGGUGCUGCCCUGGUGCUGGGGGGCGUCGAUGUCACAGGCCCUCACCUCUACAGCAUCUACCCCCACGGAUCCACGGACAAGCUGCCCUACGUCACCAUGGGUUCCGGAUCCUUAGCAGCUAUGGCAGUAUUUGAGGAUAAGUACAAGCCAGACAUGGAGGAGGAGGAGGCCAAGCAGCUGGUGCGGGACGCCAUCGCCGCCGGCAUCUACAACGACCUGGGCUCCGGCAGCAACAUCGACAUCUGCGUCAUCAGCAAGAGCAAGCUGGAUUUUCUCCGUCCGUAUGACGUGGCCAACAAGAAGGGGGACAGGUACGGCAGGUACAAGUGUGAGAAAGGGACGACCGCUGUUCUCACCGAAAACGUGGCGCUGCUGGAGCUGGAGGUGCUGGAUGAGACGGUGCAGACCAUGGACACGUCCUGAGGCGGCGCUGGCGGCGGCGCUCCAGCUCUCACACAAUAAAGAGGUUUCUAACCAU